AAAAAAUAUUUUGAAUUAAUUUUUUUCAGUUAAUUUAACUGACAAUUAAUUGAAUUUAAUUUACAAACAGUUUUUUGUAAAUAUAAAUAUCUCAGCUGAAAGUCUAUUAAAUAAGUCAACUGUUUUUUGUUAUCCCAAAGCAAUACCUUUAACACACACACAAACAUAAGUUUGUCUAGACUUGAAUAGCAUACCUGUGCGCCCGACUGUUAUCAAUGUUGUUGCUGGUGGUGAUAGUGGUAAUAGUGUCGGUAUGUGUUCAUCGAUCGGAUUGCAGGGAAUGGGCUGAAGUACAAAAGUGUGCAAAAGAUAUGUGGCGUAUGGAAAGCUGUACAUACCAUCGAUGGGGUAUGGCCGACGGCUAUCUCAAACCCAAAGAGGAAUGCUGUUCCCAAUUGGAGAUCUACUGUAUCCGCCAGAAAGCGUCCAAGGAUUGUGGUUUUCCAUUCAAUCCCUACUGGGAGGAACAGUUUAAAUCGGCCACCUACCGGUGCACUGAGCAACACAAGUUUACGGCCAACGAAGCCGUCUGCAGCACACUGUUCACUCAUCGGCGCUUUCCGUGCAAAUACAAAAACUAUCGCAACUAUUAUCCGUGUCUCAACAGUGACGGCCGACUGUCGCCCAAACCGGCCGAUUGGGACUCAUCAUCGGCUCACAGACCACAGGCCAUCGUCACCAGCAUCUCUAUCAUUGUUUUGCUGCCGGCACUACUGGCUAUCCUACCCGUUGUCCACAAUUAUUUGUGUACAAUAUAUUAAUACGGGUUUCUCAUUAAUUUACUAUUCAUUUAUUAUUGUUAUU